CCUGUACUUAUCUUGUUUACUUGCCACAAAUCCCAGUAUUUCGAUUUCCUUUAUCUCGGGUUUUUUGGAUUAUUAAAGUCACUAACUUUGCACGAUUAUAAGCAUAGACAUUUGGAUUGAGUACAGCCGCUUCUCGUAGUCGUCAUGGUUACCAAGAAAACGUUUGUCUUCUGGAUCACUGCAAUGGGUUGCUUCAGCUUGCUUAGAUUUGCUGAGUCUAAGGUGCCCAGAGAAGAAGUUGAUGCUUUGCAAGAGAUUGCUACUGCAAUGGGCUCCAUAUACUGGAAAUUUAAUGGCGAUUCCUGUGAAAUUGAAAGGGUUGGGGUAACGCUAGUGCCACCGAAGAAUUCUGUUCAUGAGAUCUCUUGUGAAUAUGAGGCAAAUGGCACUGUUUGUCACGUCGUAAAGAUAGUACUCAAGCGUUAUAACCUUCGUGGAAUACUUCCUCCUCAACUGGCUAAGCUUCCAUACCUUCAAGAAAUUGAUUUUGCUUACAACUACCUGAAUGGUACCAUUCCAAGUGAAUGGGCUUCAAUGAACUUGACUUCUAUCUCGCUUCUAGCAAAUCGCUUGUCAGGGGAAAUUCCGAAGUAUCUGGGAAAAAUUAUCACUCUCACAUAUCUGAAUCUUGAAGCAAACCGAUUUGUGGGUCCCCUACCACCUGAACUAGGGGAUUUAGUGAACUUGAAAACAUUGCUGCUCUCCUCCAAUCAGUUAACUGGGAAUUUGCCAGCGACGUUUAGUUUACUAAGAAAUCUAACUGACUUUAGGAUAAAUGAUAACAAUUUCAAUGGUAAAAUACCUACUUUCAUACAGAACUGGAGACAACUCAGCAGACUAGAAAUGCAAGCAAGUGGAUUCCAGGGACCAAUACCUGCAAACCUAUUUCGUUUGAGGGAAUUACGUGAGCUGAGGAUUAGUGAUAUGAAUGGGCCAAGUCAGGGUUUUCCCAUGCUUAGAAAUAUGGAAGGCCUACUUACAUUGUAUUUUGCAAAAUCAUGUUUGAAAUUUUGGACACUAUCUCACAAUUGCAACAGGGAUCUCAGUUUCAACAAUUUAUUUGGGGAAAUCCCGACCAGAAUAACUGCAGAUCGUCUAAGAUUUGUCUUUUUAAGUGGCAACUUGCUACGCGGAGAUGUGCCCGAUUCUAUACUGAAGCAAGGAUCUAGCAUUGAUCUUUCAUACAAUGACUUCAAUUUGCAAGGCCCUGAGAAACCUGCUUGUCAGGAGAACAUGAAUCUGAACUUAAACUUGUAUCAUAGUUCUUCAUCAAGGAACCGCUUGAUGGGAUCUCUUCCAUGCAAGAAGUCUUUCACGUGUCCUCGAUCAGAUUCAAAUUGUUUUCAUGUUAACUGUGGUGGAAAGGACACAAGGAUGAAGGAAAAUAAUGCAAAUGUAAUGUAUGAAGGAGAUGGUGAUGUUAAAGGUGGUGCAGCAGAAUUUUAUAUUAAUGAAGAUAGUUAUUGGGGAUUUAGUAGCACUGGAGACUUCAUGGAUGACAAUGAUUUCCAAAAUACACGUUACACUGUACCAGGGCCACCGUCAAAUAUGUCGGAACUGUACACAACAGCCCGCCGAGCUCCAAUAUCGCUCACUUAUUUCCAUUAUUGCUUAGUGAAUGGAAUUUACAAUGUAACUUUCAAUUUUGCUGAGAUACAAUUUACUCCUGAUGAAACAUAUAGCAGCCUUGGUAGACGCAUAUUUGAUGUUUACGUUCAGGAAAAGUUACUGUGGAAAGACUUCAACAUUGAAUCCGAGGCAAUGGGUGCUCUAAAACCUUUGGUUAAACAAGUUUCAAAUGUAAAUGUGACAAAUAAUUUCCUGGAGAUUCGAUUUAGUUGGGCCGGCAAAGGAACAACGAGAAUUCCUCGAAGAAGUGUCUAUGGACCACUUGUAAAUGCGAUUUCUGUUAUUUCUGAUUCGAAACCUUGCUCGAAUAGAAGAAACAAAGGAUUUGCAUAUGUCAUUGCUUUUGGGGUUCUAGGAUCAUGCCUUGGCCUCCUCGUAGGGGGACUUAUUUGGUGGAAAGGCCAUUUGCUUGGGAAGUAUUGGCAGAAAAAAGGUACCAAAGAAGACAUGCCACUGGGGACUUUCACUUUGAAACAGAUUGAAGUUGCCACCAACGACUUUGAUCCCGCUUACAAGAUUGGCGAAGGUGGUUUCGGUCCUGUUUACAAGGGUCAGCUAUAUGACGGUACCAAGAUUGCAGUAAAGCAGCUCUCCUCUAAAUCACGGCAAGGGAAUCGCGAAUUUCUGAAUGAGAUAGGGAUGAUAUCUUGUUUACAACACCCGAAUCUUGUCAAGCUUCAUGGAUUUUGUGUUGAAGGGGAUCAACUGCUACUGGUGUACGAGUACAUGGAAAACAACAGCCUCGCUCGAGCAUUGUUUGGUUCGGAAUGCAAUCAGCUUGAACUAGACUGGCCUACAAGGCUUAAGAUCUGUAUUGGCAUAGCUAAAGGUCUGGCUUUUCUGCAUGAAGAAUCAAGACUCAAGAUCGUUCACAGAGACAUUAAAGCUACCAAUGUGCUUCUCGAUAGUGAAUUGAACCCUAAAAUAUCCGACUUUGGAUUGGCUAGGCUCGAUGAAGAGGAGAAGACCCACAUCACCACCCGAGUUGCUGGAACAAUAGGAUAUAUGGCCCCAGAAUAUGCAUUAUGGGGCCAUCUUACACAUAAAGCAGAUGUUUACAGUUUCGGAGUUCUAACAAUGGAACUCGUUAGCGGGAAGAACACCAAUAACUUUAUGCCAAGUGAAAAGUUUGUCUGUCUCUUAGAUUGGGCAUGCCAUGUGGGAAAAUCGGGAAACUUGACAGCACUUCUCGAUGAGAGGUUAAGAUCCGAAGUCAAAAACGAAGAAGUGGAACUCAUGGUUAAAGUAGCUCUGUUGUGUACAAAUGCAUCUGCAUCGCUUAGACCGACAAUGUCCGAGGUGGUAAACAUGCUUGAAGGGCGAACGAAUGUUCCCGACUUGUUACCAGAACUGGGCAGCUAUACUGAAGAUUUAAGGUUCAAGGCCAUGAGAGAUCUCUGUCAACAGAAGGAAGAUCAAAGUUCGAGUGGAAGCCAAACCCAAAAUUCAACUACUGUCCAUUCCUUCUACCCUUCAUCUACAUCCUCCAAGGAAAUCGUACCAGAUGCUAGAUUUAUCACUCCUUCCCAACCAUGCUAGUUGAACGUUUUUCCUCGCCGCGAGCUACCUGGACCUACAGGUCUUUUGCCUGCAAGAGUCUGACAGCCUUGGAAAUGUAAAUAGUUCCAUAUUUUAGUACUGCAUCAUGAAUAUUUGAUUGAUUUAAUCUAAUUUUAUGAAUUC